AAGUUGUGGUCAUCUGCUUUAUUGUCAUCUAUUCAAUCAAACCUUCCUUUCUGAAUUUGUUUAUCUCAAAUUCCAAAAAUGUCGUUGUGCUGCGGUGGUAAAUGUGGUUGCGGGUCUAGCUGCGGUUGCGGCAGUGGCUGCAACGGGUGCGGGAUGGCUCAUGAUCUGAGCUACAUCAAGGGGUCCACCACUAAGACCCUUGUCAUGGGAGUUGCUCCCCAGAAGUCGCACUUUGAGGCAUCUGAGAUAGAAGUUGUAGCUGAGAACGGAUGCAAGUGCGAGGAUAGCUGCACCUGCAACCCCUGCAAGUGCACCAAGUGAGUGACAGAUGUCACCUUCUGACGAAGCAAGAGAAUCAUGGGGCUUUUAUGUUUAGCAGUAGUAAUCUAUGUG